CUGCAGCGACUCCGCAGGGACCGCGCUCCCGCGCUGCUGCUCCGGCCGCCCGGCAGCUCUGAGGAUGGAGAGGAGGGCGCGAAGCUCCUCCAGGGAGGCCCGCGGGCGAGGUGGCAGCGCCCCGAACAAGGAGAACAAGAGGGCCAAGGCCGAGUGGGGCAGCGGAGGCCGCGGACGCCGGGAGGCUGGGCCCGAGCGGUCGGGCUCUGGACGGGCGGGGACCGCAGGGGAGCCCCGAGCGCCUGCCGCCACUGUGGUGGACGUGGAUGAGGUCCGGGGCUCCGGCGAGGAGGGCACCGAGGUGGUGGCGCUGCUGGAGAGCGAGCGGCCAGAGGAAGGUACCAAAUCCUCUGGCUUAGGGGCCUGUGAGUGGCUUCUUGUCUUCAUUUCUCUGCUCUUCGUCAUCAUGACCUUCCCUUUUUCCAUCUGGUUCUGCAUAAAGGUUGUACAAGAGCAUGAGAGAGUAAUUAUAUUCCGACUGGGACAUCUGCUUCCUGGAAGAGCCAAAGGCCCUGGUCUCUUCUUUUUUUUGCCCUGCCUGGAUACCUACCACAAGGUUGACCUUCGUCUCCAAACUCUGGAGAUACCUUUUCAUGAGAUCGUGACCAAAGACAUGUUUAUAAUGGAGAUAGAUGCCAUUUGCUACUACCGAAUGGAAAAUGCCUCUCUUCUCCUAAGGAGUCUUGCUCGUGUAUCUAAAGCUGUGCAAUUCCUUGUACAAACCACCAUGAAGCGUCUCCUAGCACAUCGAUCCCUCACUGAAAUUCUUCUAGAGAGGAAGAGCAUCGCCCAAGAUGCAAAGGUUGCCUUGGAUUCAGUGACCUGUAUUUGGGGAAUUAAAGUGGAGAGAAUAGAAAUUAAAGAUGUGAGGUUGCCAGCUGGGCUUCAGCACUCACUGGCUGUGGAGGCCGAAGCGCAAAGGCAGGCCAAAGUGCGGAUGAUCGCUGCUGAAGGGGAAAAGGCUGCCUCCGAGUCCCUGAGGAUGGCAGCUGAGAUUCUGUCAGGCACGCCUGCUGCUGUUCAGCUUCGAUACCUCCACACCCUUCAGUCUUUGUCCACAGAGAAGCCUUCCACUGUGGUUUUGCCUUUGCCAUUUGACCUACUGAAUUGCCUGUCUUCUCCCAGCAGCAGGACUCAGGGAAGCCUCCCCUUCCCAAGUCCUUCCAAACCUGUUGAACCACUAAAUCCUAAAAAGAAAGACUCUCCCAUGUUAUAGGAAGGAUGAGGCAUUAUGUGGCCUGCCAUGGAAAAGCCACUUUCCUGAAGGAGGCCCUCUGUCCUCAUUCCCUGCCCUUCCUUUGGUUGCCAUAUGGAAUGGCCACGGAAUGCACAAAGUCACAAUGCAGCACCAUCCAUGAGAAGACAGUGAAAUGAUGUCAUGACAGAGAAGGCAAACAAGUUUCAGCGACUCAUCUAACCAGAGCAAUUAUGGGAAACAGCUUUGGUCAACAUUUGACUGUGGAAAGAAUUUUGAGUCUAGAUGUGGUUACAUUUUGACUUCUGGGGAACUUAGUUCAGAUGUCCUUUUCACUGUAUGUCCUCUGGCCCCUUUGGCAAGGUUGCUGCAGCGCCCACAGCCCUUCCUACAAGUGCCUAUCAUUGUGCUUGUCACACUAUUGCUCUUCUGACCUGAAGAUGGGGUCUCCUCUCCAGUGAUACUACCAGUUCUUCAAAGGCACGUCUUAGUUAUCCUCAACCACACUCCAUCUUUUUGCUCUACCCUGAAUUACUCACACUUAACCCUGAUAGUUACCUAAAGUGAAUGCUUAAAUAUUUCAGAGUGAAUGAAAAAAGAGAGAUGUACUUGGAGCCAGAUAUAGAAUGUAUCCCUAAUUAAAGCAUUUAAAAGGAA